UCUUGUUUAUUUUUACAAUGGCAACAGUACGAAUACCAGAACAAAAAGUUAUACUUUGUGGCGAAUAUGGAGUUGGAAAAAGUUCGAUAUUUCGUCGGUUCACCAACAAUACAUUCGUAACAGCAACAGACAGAAAAUCAACACUUGGAUUGGAUCACUAUGAUAAAACAUAUCAUGUUUGUGAUAGAGAUGUUAAAUUGCAAUUAUGGGAUACAGGAGGUAUGGAAAGAGUGGCAUCUAUUACAUCAAGUUACUACAAGUUUGCAGAGGCCGCAAUUUUGGUCUUUUCAUUAGAUAAUUCCACAUCAUUUCACAUUCUGUCUCAGCAUUUAUUAGACAUAGUAACAUAUGCUGAAAACGCCAAAAUUUUUUUAUGUGGGAACAAAUCUGAUUUAUUGGAAGAAGUACCUCAAGUAACAGACUCUGAAAUUGAAGCAUUUUGUGAACAAUGUCACAAUCUCAUAUCUGGAGUUUAUAAAACAUCUUGCAAAACAAAUGAGGGGAUAGAAGACAUGUUCUCAGAUAUUGCCUUUCAGUUGGUUCAUUCAAACAGAUCUCGUUUGGAGUUACAAUCCAUGGACAAACAUGGAUUUAAAAUUACUAACGGUGAGGAGAUUCCAGAUGAGGAUAGUUGUUUGUGUUAAUUUUUGGUAGUCUAGUCCUUGAAGAAGAUUAAUUUGAAAACUCAAUUUCAACUACCAACUUAUUAGUUAUUUUAAUCUGUGAUUUAAGGUAGUGAUUUACAUAUUGAACAUUUCAACCCUUCUCAGAUGGUUUGUAAAAUCUAUAUUUUAUGAAAUCCUUUUUUUUUAAUGUCUUUCUAUGUUUUAAAAUUUUAAGCCCUAUUUAAUUAUUAAUUAAGGAUAUAUACAAAUAAUAAGAUUUAAUUAUUGUUAAAGUUUUGAGAAAAAUCCUAAUAAAGCAUGUUAUUUAAUGGUUUAACAAACAUAUUUGGGGCCUUUUUUCAAAUUAUAUACAGAAAGAUAUUAAAGAAUUUUAGGAAUUGAAAUAAAGUAUUUUCUGAACUAUCCGACUUGGUGUGGAAUACCUCAGAUACAAAUAUUGUGACAUUUGCUUUUUGUUUUUUUAUGAAUUCGAUUUUUUUUUAAUGAUGUAUUAAGUUAAUUAUAUAAGAUAAAUAAAUAUACAAUGAUGUUUUUUGGAGACUGAAAAUUUUCAAAAGUGAAACACUGUAGUUGAAUAUUUAUUGUGAGUAUUGCCAAAGAAUAAACAAUGUAUAUUAAGCUUGUGUUAUACAAUACAUAUACAUAUAUACAAUAUAAUUUGAAAGUGGUAUCUUUUUUUAAUUUUGAUUGAGAUUGUAUUUAUUAUGGACUUUUUUUAAGACAAUAUUUGUCCUUCUGUAUAUGAUUCAUAUUUAUUAUGUAUAUAUGCUGAAAUAUAACUACACUAUUUAAGUAGUAUACAUAUUUUAAUAUGAUGUAAUUAUUUACAAAUAUAUUAAUUUUCAUUGUG